GCAGUUCGGCAACACAACAUGAAGACUUGUUACGAGCACAUUGCGACGUGUCCUGCAACGGGGGCACAAUGGAGUGUGAGCAAGUCGUAUACCCAAGUAUGCGAGCUCCAUGCAUCUCUCGUCGCUGCCACGGAGAACCUUCCCGACGACCACCCCUUGUCGUGGCUUCUGCAUCGAGCCAUCGUCGCUCUACCUCUCUACGAUGUCUUGCACGAGGCGGCCGACACGGCGACCGGUCGACGGCAGCGAAAUGCGGCCAUGCAAGCAUUGCUUACCAUUUUGAUGUACGUCCGCGUGGUGGUGGAUGGAUAUUGCCGCGCCCAGGCUGCAGCACCGGACACAGUAACGAUGUACGACUCGACAUCGUUUGUCCAGAUCAAGCACGUCGUGGACGCAUUCCUCUCCACCAUCCAACGCCGUCGCUCCACCAACAACUACAUUGACGACGCCACUCCAUGCCCCUUCAUCCCGCCCAAACCAUCAUCCAACCCCCCGGUUUCCAUUGUCUCAAGUCUCCAGCAACUCGUCGCACACAUCGAAAUAGACGACUCUCGCUUGGGUUAUCUGGCUUGGAUGUUGCACCAAUUCGUCCUCGCUUCAUCAUCGGCUUUUGAUAUGGAGGGACACUGUCGCAUAAACUCGGAAUGCCACAAGUGGAUUGUCCAAUUGCGGUGGCUCGCACACAUCAGUGGUGGCCACUGCGUCGACAUGGACGGGGCAGCCAAUCCAGCUUUGCAUCAAGCUCUGCGCCACGUUGGCCACCUCUUGGAUGACUGGACUGACCCCUCUGUCGCAGGUGAUGACGAAGACGAAGCCUGUGCGAUUUGCUGGGAACCGAUGGACCACCCCGAUCAAGUCGAUAUUCUAGAGUGCUUUCACCAGUUUCAUUCAACAUGUAUGGAAGAAUGGGUUCAGCAGCGCAAAAUUUGCCCCAUUUGCUGCCGCGCCUUGAACCGCCCUGGCCCCCCGGGGCGGUUGGAGCAACUUCCAGGACGGAUUCCGUUGAGGCAUCUCCAAGACCGACGACGACCAUGGCGGUUCUGGGAAGCGUGUGCUGUGAUCAGCGUUGCCACGACGCUGUCAUUCAUCACGAGUUUUUACUUUAGCCCGGUCCUGCUAGAGCUGGUCGACCCAACUUUAUACUAAUGUGAGACAACGUAC